AUGGUGGAGGUGUACAGUGUGACUGUGGACUGCACUGUGACGUCUCGUUUCGCCCACACCGUCAUGACCACCAAGGCUCUGAACAAAGCAAACUCCUCCCAGGAAAUCUUCUUUGAAGUGGAGCUGCCCAAGACCGCCUUCAUCACCAACUUCAGCAUGGAAACUGAAGGUCAGGUGUAUGUCGGGGAGGUGAAGGAGAAAGAGAAAGCCAGGAAAGAGUAUGAGAAGGCUGUUUCCUCUGGACAGACUGCUGGACUGGUCAAGGCUUCUGGAAGAAAGAUGGAGCAGUUUUCAGUGUCUGUCAACGUGGCAGCUGAAAGUAACGUGACUUUCAUUCUGAACUACGAGGAGCUCCUUCAGAGGAAUCUGGGCCGAUAUGAGAUUCUAACCCGAGUUAAACCCAAACAACCCGUGCAGGAGUUUCAGAUUGUGGCAGACAUCUAUGAGCCCCAGGGCAUUGCUUUUGUUGAGGCCACUUCAACUUUCCUCACCAAUGAACUGCUCUUCCUGGUGGAAAAAACCGUCACAGACACAAAGGCACACAUCUCUUUCUCACCAACACUGGAGCAACAGAGGAAAUGUCCACGAUGUAAAGGCACCAUAAUUAACGGAUAUUUCAUCAUCAAAUACGAUGUGAAACGAGAAGAGCGCCUAUGGGACGUUCAGAUUGUAAACGGAUACUUUGUGCACUUUUUUGCUCCACCUGACCUGGCCAGAGUCCCAAAGAAUGUGGUGUUUGUGAUUGACAGGAGCGGAUCAAUGAGUGGAAGAAAGAUUGCACAGACACGUGAAGCAUUGGAAGCCAUUCUGAAAGACCUCCAUGAGGAAGACCACUUUGCUCUCAUCCUCUUUGAUAAUAACAUUAUCACCUGGAAGGAUUCUCUUACCAAAGCAACAGAGGAAAAUGUAUCUGAAGCCAUUGCCUACAUCAGGAAGCUCAGAGACAAUGGAUCCACCAAUAUCAAUGAUGCUGUACUGAGGGCAGUGAGCAUGCUGGUGACAGAAAGAAAACAUAAGAACCUUCCAGAAAGGAGUACAGAUAUGAUUAUUUUACUGACUGAUGGGAUGCCAAACAGUGGAGAAUCUAACCCCCUGAGGAUCCAGGAGAAUGUGCGUUCUGCUAUUGGAGGAAAUAUGGCUCUGUAUUGUCUUGGAUUUGGGAAUGAUGUGGAUUACUCCUUCCUGGAUGUAAUGUGCAAACAAAACAAGGGACUGGCCCGCAGAAUUUUUGAGGGUUCAGAUGCAACACUUCAACUUCAGGGUUUCUAUGAGGAGGUGUCCAGCCCUCUGCUCUUGGAGGUGGAUCUGCGUUAUCCUGAUGACGCAGUGGACUUCUUGACCACAAGCCACUUCGGCCAGUUGUUUAAUGGCUCAGAGAUUGUGGUGUCUGGUCGGCUGAGGGACAAUAACAUAGAUAACUUCUUGGUUGAAGUUUUUGCUCAGGGGCCUGAAGAGGACUUCUGGGUGCAGGGAAAGGCCAGUGUGGUAGAUUUGGAUGUGAUCUACCCAGAACAGGAGUACAUCUUGGGUUUCUCAGAGCGUCUGUGGGCCUACCUCACCGUCCGACAGCUACUGGAGAACAGUGACAUUGGUACUCAGCAGGAGAAAAACGAUACAACAGCCAAGGCCCUGGACAUGUCCCUGCGAUAUAGCUUUGUCACCCAUGUUACCUCCAUGGUGGUUGCCAAGCCUGAAAGUGAGGACGGACCAUACAGCCUUCUCAUCGCGGAUAAACUGACUGAGGACCAGCGACAGAAAGCAGAGAGACACAGCGGUUCUUCAGGCCAUUCUUCCAGUAACAGUAGCCCAUCAAGUGUGGAUGGAGAUCCUCAUUUCAUGAUAGAGCUCCCUGACAGAGAAGACGCCCUGUGCUUUAACAUCAACGACAAAACAGGAACCAUUUUCAACCUGGUCAGAGACCCUAAAUCAGGUUUUGUAGUGAAUGGCGAAAUAACUGGCAAGAAGAAAGUCUUUCGGGAUGGUAACAUCCACACCUACUUUGGCCGUUUUGGUAUCACCCACCAGAAGCUGGGGGUGAGGCUGGAGGUGAGCACUCAGGACAUAUCAGUCUUCCACGAUGGCAAGCAGUUCAAGCUGCUUUGGUCUGAUGCAGCCUCUAUCAAAGAAACCAAUAUGGACAUCAGGUUGACUAAGAACUGCAGCUUGACAGUAACACUGAGGCACUCUGUUAAAUUCAUGGUCAUCAGACACUCAAAGGUUUGGAAGAGACGCCAGGAACAACAAGACUACCUGGGUUUCUACACCCUGGACAGCCACCACUUGUCUGCUUUGGUUCAUGGCCUGCUAGGUCAGUUCUACCAUGGGGUUGAGUUUGAGAUGGCAGACCUGCGUCCAGGUGAGGUCCAGGAGAACUUAGAUGCCACCAUGUAUGUGAAAGGACAGGAGCUCAAUGUGACCAGACACUGGCAGAAAGACUUCAGCUGGCAUGUGAAGAAUGGGGAAAACAUCCCCUGCUGGUUUGUUAACAGGGAUGGAACAGGCCUCAUCGAUGGAAGAGCCUCAGACUACAUUGUGUCAGGGCUUUUUGAGACAAUAGCUGAUGUAAAGUAA